UUCCCAUUCGCCAUCCAUUUUUCAGUGAACCGGCUUGCGUCUGGCUUCCACGGCUGUUAAAAUUUGUGCUAAGUAUAAAAGAUCGGACUCAAAAACAAUUCUGAAAUGGAUGCCUCAACAAAUACAAAAUCUCAGAAGGAAGUAACCAAAAUGGUGGGAUUUAUUGGCGGUGGUCGUAUGGCCCAAGCCAUGGCGAAGGGAUUCAUAUCGUCUGGUCUGGUGCGGGCUAAAAAUAUCCUCGUCAGUGACAACAGUCAACAGAUGCUCUCCAUGGUGGGGGAAAUAGGGGUAAACACUACAAUGUCCAACAAAGAAGUCGUUGAGAACAGCGAACUCAUCGUCAUAGCUGUCAAACCUAACAUUGUGGCCCCCAUAUUGAAAGAAGUGGCUGGAGUCGUCUCCCCUGACAAGCACCUGUUUGUGUCUAUUGCUGCAGGUGUAACCAUCAGGUCAAUUGAACAGAAUCUUCCUGCGGGUACCCGUGUGGUGCGUGUGAUGCCCAACACCCCCGCCCUGGUGCAGGCUGGUGCUGCCGUGAUGGCGUCUGGCAGCAGCGCUCUACCUGAUGAUGUCAUCUUGGUCCAGGAGCUGUUGAGGACUAUCGGCAUCUGUGAGGAGAGUCCGGAGUAUUUGCUGGACGCAGUGACCGGUGUCAGUGGCAGUGGACCUGCCUAUGCAUUUGCUGCCAUUGAAUCUCUGUCUGACGGUGGGGUCAAGAUGGGACUGCCCAGAGAACUAGCCACUAAAUUGGCUGCCCAAACAUUGCUGGGUGCAGCUAAGAUGGUGCUGGAGACAGGGAAACACCCAGGCCAGUUAAAGGACGAGGUGUGCUCACCUGCGGGAACAACCAUUGCUGCCAUGCAUGUCCUGGAGAAGAAAGGUUUCCGUGGAAUUUUAAUGGACGCUGUGGAGGCUGCAACUCUCAGGGCUAAGGAGCUAGGGGCCAGUAAUUAGCUUCAGUGUAGUAUUUAAUUUGUAUAGCUUAGGUCCAGAAAUUGGCUUUAGUUAAGUAUUUGAUUUGUAUAGCUUAGGUCCAGAAAUUGGCUUUAGUUUAGUAUUUGAUUUGUAGCCAAGGUCCAGUAAUUUUCUUUAGUUAAGUAUUUGAUUUGUAAAGCUAAGGUCCAGAAAUAAGCUUUAGUACAGUAUUUAUGUUGUAUAGCUUUAGUACAGUAUUUGAGUUGUAUAGCUAAGGUCCAGAGAUUAGCUUAAUACAGUAUUUGCGUUGUAAUAUUAUACACCUAGGGGCCAAUAUUAGGGUUAGUGAAGUAUUUAAGUUCUCUAUUCAAAACUUUUUUCUACUAGAAAAUUAUGUUUAUAUUUUAUGAAUUCCAUUAAAUAUAUCUAUAAUAAUUACUCAAUAAAGUAGGUAAAUGGAAUAAAUAUGUAAUGAUUACAAACUUGAUCGUAUAGUUAUAAAGUUUUAUGUAAAUGCCAUCCCUUUAUUAUGGCACCAACAUAUCAGUAUUUGUUUUCUUAUUGUUUGAUCACAUGAAUAUUUAUUUAAAAUGCUUGAUAGUGUGCAUUAUAUUGAAAAUGUUUAUACUAACUUAAAGAAUUCAACAAAAAUAUUUAUUGUGGACAAAGACUUGGUGAAAUGCUUAAAAGCAUUGCUUGGUCAUGUUUUAUUUUUAGAAUGGUUUUACAUAUACAUGUUUUUGAUUUUGUGUUGUGUGCAGAUGUAAAUGCAUAUAUGUUGUAGAAAUGUCUGAUUCAAUCCUUCGCAUUUAAAUAUUUUUGUAAAUUCUUAUUCACUAUUUUUUGUGUACUAUUUAAACAAAAUUACAUUCCAUCUUUUUUGUUCAUGAUAGAAAAUUAUUUUUCUAAUUUUACUCAUUUCUAAAUCUACUGUGAACAAAGAUUUGUCUUCUCUCAGCCACUUGUUACUUAAGCUUCUAUUUUAGUGCAAUUUUACACCUUUGUUUUGUAAUAACCUAUUUUUUUUAUUAUAAACAUUUUGAUGUUAAUGUGAAUCAUUAAAUAUGUAAAUUACAGUAUUAAGAAUUCUGAUAAUUUGGUCAAAAUUGUUUUGUUACAUCAAAAAUUUCUAGGGAAAAUAACUCAAAUUAUGUUAACAAAUGUAAGUUG